AUGGGUUGCUGCUUCACGAAAAAGAAGAACCAACUCAAACCCACUAAGGCAUAUGAAUACAUCAAUAAAAAUAAUCAAAAUGACAAACAAUAAGAGCUUGAAUAAUCAUUUAUUUAAGAUGUGGAAGUUAUAAUAAUUGAUAAUAAGGAAGAGGAAUUGGAGAGACACUCACUCAAAUCGACUUCAGAUAUUCACAAUUGGGAAUAAGGGGAAGUACUUGGAUAAGGUGCUUUUGGGAAGGUAGUGAUGGGACUCUAGAAGAAUGGAUAAAUAAUGGCUGUGAAAUAAGUUUUCAUUUAAAAUCAAAUUGACGAUAAAGUGAGACAAUUGUAAAAAGAAAUUGAAAUGCUGAGUAAAUUAUAGCAUCCAAAUAUUGUCCGCUAUAUGGGUUGCGAAUAGAAAAACCAAUUCAUAAAUAUAUUUCUGGAAUAUGUCAGUGGAGGCUCAGUCUCAACUUUGCUAGAAAGAUUUGGAUGUUUUAGAGAGAGACUUAUCAAAACAUAUUUGAAAUAAAUACUGUUAGGAUUAAGUUAUUUACAUGCAAAGAAUGUCAUCCAUAGAGAUAUCAAAGGAGGAAACAUCCUAAUAGAUAAUUCUGGUCGCUGUAAACUAGCAGAUUUUGGCAGCAGUAAGUAAUUGAACGAUAUAACACAUGAUAGUAUAGGAUCCAUCUGCGGAACUCCCAAUUUCAUGGCUCCGGAAGUAAUUAAUCAGGAAUAGUAUGGUAAAAAGGCAGAUAUAUGGAGUCUUGGUUGUACCGUAAUCGAAAUGGCUACUGGAUAACCACCUUACUCUGAGUAUAAGGAUGCCAUUGCAAUCAUGGUGAAAAUAGGCAAAUCAACCAAACCACCUCCAAUCCCAGAUUAAUUACAAUCUACAGAAGCUAAAGAUUUCCUAUCUAAAUGUUUAUAAAUAGAUCCUAAAAAAAGAGCUACGGCUGAUGAACUCUUAAAGCAUCCGUUCCUAGAAGAGCCUAAAUAAAAUUCUUUGUUGAAAAAGACUCCCUCCUAUACCAUUAAUUAGAAGUAACCACAAUCAUAUAAAUAUCAACCUAAAAAUUCAUUUUUGUUGGAUGCUGAAAGUCAAGAUCAACAAAUCGAACCCGUCUCACCAUAAUUUCAAGGACAACAAGGCUAAUCUUCUACUGAAACUAACUAAAUUAAGGUCAAAAAGAAGAAGGAAAAACCUCAAUAUCAAUUAGUAAUAGAACCAGAAUAAAAUGAUUGCAUCCUAACAGGAUAGGAAACUAAUAUAGUGGAUAAUCGAGAUAAGUUCCAAUUCUCAGAGUUUAAUGAGCUCAAUCCUAAAGAGACCUACAUAAAACCAUUUAAUAAAGAGAACUAAGAUAAUUUGUAAAAAGAGUUGGACCUAAUCCUAGGUUAAUACAUAGGUUGA